CAUAACACUGCUGCCAAAGAGAAUUGACAGUUGCCUUGAAAUAUACAAACUACCCAUUUCCUCUAUCCUACAACAAAAUUACAAGUGCAAAGGGGAAGAAAACAGAGAAAUGGUCCAAGUGGGUCCAAGUGGUUCUGUCUUUGUGACCUUGUGACUGUGUGUGUGUGUGUGCCACAGAGAGAGAGAGAGAGAGAGAGAGAGAGAGAGAGAGAGGAUGAGCAUGGAGAUUAUACUGCCAUUUCUAGGAAUGGUGAUGGCGAUUCUGGCUCAAGCUGCAAAUAUGAUAGUAAACAAAGCAGCCAUGUCCAAAGGGAGCAACAAAUACAUUAUGGUUGUGUAUGCCAACGGCCUCUCCACUCUCAUCCUUCUCCCUCCAGCCCUCUUCUUCCACCACAGAUCAGGGACCCCUCCCCUUACAUUCUCCAUACUCUGCAGAUUCUUCAUGCUUGCCCUGUUUGGAUGUUCUGCCCAGAUAUUUGGAUAUGUUGGUAUAGAAUACAGCUCUGCCACGCUUGGCACCGCCAUGCUUAACCUCGUCCCAGCAUUUACUUUCAUACUUGCCAUCAUUUUCAGGAUGGAAAAGGUGCAGUGGAGAAGCUCAAGCAGUAAAGCCAAAAUUUUGGGAACCACAGCAUCAAUCGCAGGAGCUUUUGUUGUAACAUUCUACAAAGGCCAGCCAAUCAUGCUGCUACCAUCAUCACAUCCACCCAAUCUCUUCUCAUCAAAAUCAAAUUGGGUUCUGGGAGGCCUUUUUCUUGCAGCUGAUUCCUUCUCCAGUUCCUUAUGGUACAUUCUGCAGGCAUCAACCCUGAAGAAGUACCCAGCAGUUGUGGUCAUAGUCUGUUUUCAAUGCUUAUUCUCUACCAUUCAGUCUGCAUUAUUUACUUUGAUUGCAGUUAAAGAUGCAAGUGCUUGGGAGUUAAGGUUGGAUAUGGGGCUGAUUGCUGUUUUGUACACUGCAAUUGUUUCAAUCGUUCUCCGUUACACUUUAACCACCUGGUGUGUGUGGAAGGCUGGAGCUCUUUUUUGUUCUAUGUUUAAGCCUCUUGGAAUUAUUUUUGGUGUGAUCAUGGGUGCCAUCUUUUUGGGAGAUCCAUUCUAUUUUGGGAGUUUGGUUGGCGCACUUAUAAUUGUUACUGGGUUUUAUGCGGUGAUGUGGGGAAAGGCCAAAGAAGAGAAGCUGGUGGAAGGUGGCAGUCGUUGGGAAUCAUUAGGUCAAAAUAAGGUCCCUCUACUACAAAACAAUAUACAAUGGGUCAUAAUACUAAGUAAAGCAGCCAUGUCUACUGGCAUGAGCAACCUCAUCUUUGUCUUCUACUCCAACGCUCUUGCUGCCCUCAUCCUCCUCCCUACUUCUUUAGUCUUCCACAGAUCGCGUCCUACUCUCACUUUCUCUGUCCUCUGUUGGUUCUUCUUGCUUGGUCUAAUUGGAUUCGUUGCGCAGUUUGUUGGGUAUGCUGGGAUUAAUUACAGCUCUCCUACUCUUGGCACGGCUAUGCUCAACCUCCUUCCUGCUUUUACCUUCAUACUGGCAGUCAUCUUCAGAAUGGAAAUAGUUGACUGGAGAAGCUCCAGUACCCUAGCUAAAUCCUUGGGAACAAUGCUUUCAAUUUCAGGGGCAUUCAUUGUGACUCUUUACAAGGGCCCUGCACUUUUGUUGACAUCCUCAACUGAUAUAUUGUCUCAUAACCAACUUUUCUCACAACAGUCAAACUGGGUCAUUGGAGGAAUUCUCCUUUUGGUUUAUUGUGUGUUGGCUUCAUCAUCUUAUAUUAUACAGGCAUCAGUCAUAAAGAAAUACCCAGCAGAGCUAAUUAUGGUCUUUUAUUAUUGUUUCUUUGUGGCUAUUCAAGCUGUAGUAGUCUCUUUGAUUGUAGAAACAGACCUAAGUGCUUGGAGCUUGAAACCUAAAAUGAGGUUGAUCGCUGUUGUAUACUCGGCAAUUUUUGGCUCGACAUUUACGAUUGGUGUAACCACAUGGUGCCUUCAUAGGGCAGGGCCUGUUUUUAUAGCUAUGUUUAAGCCUUUGGGGAUUAUUGUUGCAGUUUCCAUUGGUGUUACUUUCGUUGGGGAUACUUUCUACCUUGGAAGUUUGGUAGGAGCAAUUGUAAUUGUCAUUGGUUUUUAUUCGGUGAUGUGGGGCAAAGCCAAUGAAGAGAAGAUGGAUGGUGGUGCUGAGACAAAGAGCUUGGCAACAAGCAACCAGUGGGUCCCUCUAUUACAAAACACUCUUGAAGAAAUAUAGAAGUUUACAGUAAUCACACCAUGAGGUUUCUCUUGCCAAACAAAUGGGGUUGUGAACAUGGGGAGCAUAAUCAUACAUAUCAUAUCAGAAUGAGUUGGACGUCGAGUUUGCAGGGUCAAACUUAAAGGCAACCGUAACAGAAACAUUUAUGUGAAAGCAGCUUCUUGUUUGGAAAUGAAAUCUAGUUGUGGUAGUUGGUUUAAGAUGUAUGAUCUCCUUCUUCAUUAGUUGUAGCAAAUAAGGUAACAAUAAGUUAGUUAGCCUUGGGAGGGAAGGAAUGAUGGCAAUUGGCGAGGGCUAAAGUUCUUGAAGAACAUAUUUUCCACUAUUUAAU